AUGCGGCGCGAGGGACGGCAGCGGGGGUGGGUGCGCGUGUACGACCGCGCCCUGGUCGACCCGGAGGGCAAGCGCCCCGCCGUGCGCGCCGUGGACGGCCCGGCGGUGGCCAACGGCGGCUUCAUCAGGGCUUCCCGGAGGCCGACGAACCAGUCGAAGCCCGGCGGCCUCCGCGCGCUCGGCAGGGACGCCCUCGCGCAAGCGGAGGAGGAGGAGCCGGAGCCGGAGCCGCAGCUCCAUCCGCCGCUGGGCGCCGGGUACUCCGGGUACUACUGCACGACGACGUGCCAGUCGCCGUUCAAGUUCGAGGCCGUGCCGUAUCAAUGGAGGUACGACGCCUUCGUGCCCGAGGAGGUGCAGGCUCCUCGUCCGCCGCCGGCGGCGGCGCGUUUCGGGGGAACAACCAGAGCGGGGGGAGUACACAAUUUUGGGGCAUCCAAACUUGGAAAGUUCCAUCAUUCAAGUUAA